AUGGUCCAGUCAGGCUUCGUCUUCUCGAACCUGAUCGGGACCGUCUACCGUCAAGGCAAUCUCUGCUUCACCCAAGAUGGCAACUCGGUCAUCAGUCCCGUCGGCAACAGAGUCACCGUACUCGAUCUUGUCAAUGAUCGUUCGAGGACGCUGCGGUUCGAGAACAGCAAGAAUAUCGCAUGCAUCGCGCUCUCGCCAGAUGGCAAUGUCCUGCUCAGUAUCGACAUGGAUGGCUACUGCCUCAUGGUCAACUUCAAGCGCGGCGUCGUCCUGCAUCGCUUCAACUUCAAGCAGCCCGUCAGAGACGUCGCUUUCUCGCCAGACGGACGAUUCAUCCUCGUCACACAUGGUCAUCAGACCCAAGUCUGGCGGACGCCCUCCCAUCUCGCUCGCGAAUUUGCGCCCUUUGUGCUCCAUCGCACCUACACAGGUCACUACGAUGAUGUGCUUUCGGUGCAAUGGAGUCCGGAUUCCAAAUGCUUCCUCACGACGUCCAAAGACAUGACAGCCAAGCUCUAUACGAUAGAUCCGAUCGAAGGCUAUCGGCCAAAGACCUUUGCAGGCCAUCGCGAUCACGUCUUGCAUGCCUACUUUUCUCAAGACGGCAACACCAUAUAUACCAUUGCCAGGGACGGCGUCGUGUUUACCUGGCGUGCAAAGGAGCAAGACGAGGACGAUAGCGAGAGCGAAGAUGAACGCAUGCGCGGACUCGAAGCGAUUCCAUCUACACGUUGGGGUUUGUCCGACCGCCACUACUUCCACCAAGCCGGUUCGCGAAUCACGUCCCUUACAUUCCACUCGCCCUCUUCGAUGCUCAUUGUCGGCUUCGCGAGCGGUGUCUUCGGCCUCUGGCUCAUGCCUGCCUUUGAGAACAUCCAUACUCUGUCAAUAUCGCAGGAGAAGAUCACUUCUGUCGUCGUCAACCCAUCGGGCGAAUGGCUUGCUUUCGGCGCCUCGAAGCUCGGUCAGCUACUCGUCUGGGAGUGGCAAUCUGAGAGCUAUGUCCUCAAGCAGCAAGGGCAUUUCUACGACAUGAAUUGCUUGACCUUUUCAAGCGAUGGACAGAACAUCGUCACCGGUGGCGAGGAUGGCAAGGUCAAAGUAUGGAACGCUUCGACCGGCUUCUGCUUCGUCACCUUCAGCGAACAUUCGUCUGCAGUCUCCGCCGUCGAAUUCUCGAAACAAGGUCAAGUCCUUUUCUCGGCUUCGCUCGAUGGCACGGUGCGUGCCUUCGACCUCGUCCGCUAUCGCAAUUUCCGAACGUUUACCUCCCCCUCGCCAGUCCAGUUCAGCUGUCUCGCCAUUGACCCUAGCGGCGACAUAGUCUGCGCUGCCGGCUCAGGCGAUGACUUUGAGAUCUGCGUCUGGUCCACGCAGACGGGCAAGAUUUUGGACAUUCUCACCGGUCAUGAGGGUCCAAUCUGUGGACUGGCAUUCUCGCCCACUGGCGAUCGCUUAGCAUCGUGCUCAUGGGAUGGCACUGCACGGCUAUGGGAUCUUUACGGAAGGAGCAGCGCCGUCGAGCCUUUUGAGCUAGGCUCGGAUGGUCUCGCGAUCGCGUUCCGACCAGACGGCAAAGAGAUCUGUGUAUCGACGCUAGACGGCCAGAUCGUCGUAUGGGAUGUCGUCAAUGGCAGACAGACUUCUGUUAUCGAUGGCCGAAGGGAUAUAGCGGGCGGUCGCAGAUUGGAUCAACAGCGAACUGCAGCCAACAGCACUUCCGGCAAGUGCUUCACCUCGCUUGCAUAUACAGCAGACGGUGCGAACGUCAUAGCGGGAGGCAACAGCAAGCAUGUCUGCCUUUACGACCUCAGAGAGUCUGUGCUGCUCAAGCGCUGGGAGAUCAGCCGGAAUCUGAGCCUUGACGGCACGCAAGAGCUACUCGACUCUCGCAAGCUAACCGAGGCGGGGCAUAUUGAUACCAUCGAUGAGCGUGGCGAUCUCUCGGAUCUAGAAGAUAGGCUCGACAAGACUCUGCCAGGCGCUCGAGGUGGUGAUGCCUCUCGACGGAAGUAUAAGCCGGAGGCGCGCACCAAGUGUGUUCGUUUCUCGCCAACAGGUCGGAGCUGGGGCGCAGCAAGUACAGAAGGUCUUCUUGUCUAUUCGCUGGAUGAUCAGCAAGCCACUUUCGACCCCUUUGAUCUCGAAAUUGACAUCACGCCAGAGACGAUCGCAGAAACCCUAGCAGCGCGCGAGUACCUGAAAGCGACCAUCAUGGCCUUCAGAUUAAACGAACACGCGGUCAUCAAGUCGGUCUAUGAUCAGAUACCACCCGACGAUGUCAAAAUUAUCGCUCGCACACUACCUGCGGUGUACACUGAAGCGCUCCUCAGAUUCCUUGCAACUGAGUUAGAGCAAGCGCCUCGUCUCGAGUAUAACUUGCGCUGGGCAGAAGCUGUUCUGUCGGCACGCGGCUCAUACUUGCGCACUAGAAGUGGCGAGUCCGCUGCAACUCUGCGCGCCCUGCAAAAGAGUUUGUCUGCAUGUCAAACGUCGAUCGCUCAGCUUUGCGAUGCCAACACGUUUGAUCUAGAGUACAUCAUUGAUCAGGUUGCAAGACAAUCUGUUGUUGUAUGA